UGGAUACGAUAUAGAGACAUGACGCACGCAAUGACAGAUCCCGAUGCGAACCCAGAAAUAAAGAAAAUCUAACGGCAAAAUAUUCCAGUACCAGUGACUGAAAAUUUUCGCAGUUCCCAUGUUGGAGCCAUGGCCCAUCAAAUCUCUCCUAUAAAUACUCACUGGAACCCACUAGCAAGCAAACACAGCUAGCUAGCUCCAUCAAUGGCGGACGAGCUGGUUCUGUUGAACGUCUGGCCUAGCCCCUUCGGGAUGAGGGUGAGAAUCGCCUUGGCCGAGAAGGGGAUUCAUGGGUACGUGACCAAGGAGCAGGACCUCGUCAACAAGGGCGCCCUUCUCCUCGAGAUGAACCCCGUUCACAAGCUGGUGCCCGUGCUGAUUCACAACGGCCGGCCGGUCUGCGAGUCGCUCCUCAUUGUUCAGUACAUUGAUGAAGUCUGGAGGAAUGGGUAUCCUUUGCUGCCUUCCGAUCCUAGCCGGCGCGCCAAAGCCAGGUUCUGGGCCGACUACAUUGACAAGAAGAUGUAUGGUCCGGGGAGGCAGGUAUGGCUAGCCACCGGGGAAGCCCAAGCAGCAGCAAAGGGGGAGCUAAUUGGAUGCUUAAAGGUUCUUGAAGCAGAGCUGGGGGAUAAGCCUUAUUUUGGGGGCGACAGCUUUGGCUUUGUGGACGUGGCACUGAUCCCAUUCUACCGCUGGUUCAGUGUGUAUGAGCAUUUUGGCAACUUCAGCACGGUGGCUGAGUGCCCAAAACUCGUGUCUUGGGCUCACAGGUGCACCACUGAAAGGGACUGUUUCCAAGUGUCUUCCUGAUCAGCAGAAGUUCUUUGACUUCAUUUUGGAGCUCAGAGAGAAGCUCACGCCCAGCCAAUAGAAGAUCUGCUUUGGAAUAGAUAUGGUUAUGAAUGGUGCGAAUGUCUUGGCCCUUCUCACUCCCCUCUUCAUCGUCUUGCUGUUGUGAAGAGUGGCUCAUAAUAAAGUAGGGCUUCCAGCUAUCUCUGUCUGUUUUUCAGUGUUCGAUUUGAAUUGUUGACAGUUUCUUAGUGCAUUGUGUUUGAUGUCAAUUACAGUGAUUUGUUUCACCAAUUUAUGCAUGCUUAAAGCAUAGUUUGAUCCACAAUUAAUAGAAAACCCA